AUGAAGAUGGACGAAUUUCGAGAAGCUUCUUCGUCUCCUCUGCGAACACCGUCGCAUUCUCCGAACCUCAACCUCGUUCGUCAAAACAUGUUUCAUGGAGAUUAUUCCCCAAACAGCAACAGAUUCUCUUUCAAUUCGUCGUCGGAAUAUUCUCUGUCGAGUUCCUUCUCCAACGGAUUCUGUUCUUCCGAAGACAGUUCUUCUCCGUUCGCUUCUCCUCCGUUAAGCGAGACUAUCCCUAAGAACAAUCACGCCUCUCCGGUCGCCGCUUAUCAUCAUCAUCCUCAUGAUUCACUCUUGUUUCACGACAAGAGUGAUGAUUUAGGUCUCUGCGAAGAUCUCUACCGUAUGAAAAUCAAGCAAGAUGUUGAAGAAGACGCAAGAUCCGAGUCUCUCGGCUAUGAACAGAGUAACAACGGAUUCGUAGUUGAUGGUGGAUUCUUCCUUACACCAAAGGAAGACAAGAGAAGCAUGUUUUGGAAUCAAGUUCCAGAUUCUUUAGCCAACUCUCGGCAAAUUGGUUGGCCAAGCUACUCAAGCAGCAAUGGUGGUUACAUCAACGGUCACGAUAUUCUCGGAUCGGGUUUGAAUCGUGAAGGAAUCUCAGCCAUGUCGCCAUUCUUCUGCCAAGGAGCUCAGGCUCCUUUCUCUUCUUCUGCUUCUAAAGGCUCUGAGUUAUUUAGCUCUGAGGAGAGUCUGUUCAUGGAGUUAGGACUUGAUCAUCAGAGUCAGAGAAGCAAUGGUCAUGGGAGCAAUACAGAGAUGUGUCUGCCUAACAUGUGUGACAUUCAGGGAUAUGUAUACUUGAUGGCUAAAGAUCAACACGGAUGUCGAUUCUUGCAGAGGGUUUUCGAUCAAGGAACUCCACUUGACGCCAUGAUUAUAUUCAAUCAAGUUAUUGCUCAUGUCGUUGAGCUUAUGAUGGAUCCUUUUGGGAAUUACCUGAUGCAGAAGCUUUUGGAUGUUUGUAACGAAGAACAGAGGACGCAGAUCGUGCUCGUUGCUACUGCUGAGCCUGGUCAACUCAUUCGCAUAUCUCUCAACGCUUACGGGACUCGAGUUGUUCAGAGAUUAGUGGAAACCCUCAGAACCGGAAAACAGAUUUCUCUGGUGAAAUCGGCGCUGAGACCUGGUUUUCUUGACUUGAUCAAAGAUUUAAAUGGAAACCAUGUGAUCCAACGUUGCUUGCAAUGCCUUAGCACAGAAGAUAACAAGUUUAUCUUUGAUGCGGCGACAAAGUUCUGUACGGAGAUAGCAACACAUCGACAUGGAUGUUGUGUGCUUCAAAAAUGCAUUGCUUAUUCGAUGAGACAACAACGAGAGAAGCUGAUCGCUGAGAUCUCUAGAAACAGUCUCCUCCUUGCUCAAGACCCAUUUGGGAACUACGCAGUGCAAUUUGUUAUAGAACUGAGGAUUCCUUCUGCAGUAGCGAUGAUGUUGACUCAGUUAAAAGGGCAUUACGUUCAGCUUUCGAUGCAGAAAUUCAGUAGCCACAUGGUGGAACGAUGUCUUAUGCAUUGUCCGGAGAGUCGUCCGCAGAUCGUGCGUGAGCUCGUCUCUGUUCCUCACUUUGAUCAGCUUCUUCAAGACCCUUACGCUAAUUUCGUCAUCCAAGCCGCUCUUGCCGUCACAAAGGGUCCACUUCAUGCUUCACUUGUGGAGGUCAUAAGGCCACAUUCGAUUCUGCGUAAUAAUCCUUAUUGCAAGAGGAUUUUCUCGAGGAAUCUAUUGAAGAAGUGA